AUGGGUAGCGAUCGUAAGUCGAAAAGAAGGGGUCUCCGGCUGAGUCCUCGUCGGAAGACGGAGGGAAGAACAAAAGGCGUAGAAGUUCAGAAACAAAGAGUGAUAAGAAAGAGAGAGACUCCGAUAGGAAGCACAAAUCGCAUAAAUCUUCAAGUACUAAAGAUGAAUGGGUGUCAAACACAUGUUGAUGACACUGAAAAUCUAAAGACACAUCGAAGCAUAUUGGUUGGAAAUAUACGUGUGCUUUUUAACCCAAGUCGUGGGGAUAUUAAGCUCGGUCAGGUACGAUUAUUUCUUGCAAAGGCUCAUAGACUUUUGGAGACAUGGGGCAAUAUACCAAUUAUACUUGGUGGAGAUUUUAAUAGUAUGCCUCAGAGUGCAAUGUAUCAGUUCAUAGCUUCAUCAGAGUUAAACAUCCAACACCAUGAACGCAAAAAAAUAUGUGGGCAGAAUUGUCCAUUACAUUACCCAACAUUUCAGUGUCAUAGUAAUUAUUAUUCUUCUAGGUGGAAUAAAGAAGAAAUAAGGUUAGCAACAGGAACAAAACACUCAACUUACCUUAAACACAAACUAAAACUCACAAGUGCAUAUCAUGGAGUUCCUGCGACACGUUUGACAAGAGAUGAAUAUGGAGAACCCUUAGCAACAUCUUUUCACUCCAGGUUUAUGGGGACAGUUGAUUACAUAUGUAUGUCUAAAAAUGAAAAAAAAAAGUUUGUCAAUGACACUAUCAUUGACUUUUAUGUCAAAUACUUGAAGAACAAAAUCAGGCCUGAAGAGAGACAGAGGUUUCAUUUUUUCAAUAUUAAUCUUUUUGAGAAAGACUUUGUCUUUAUUCCUGUAAUUUACAACUAUCAUUGGAGUCUUAUUGUGAUGUGUCAUCUUGGGGAAGUUGCGAAAUACAAGGAUGAAGAAGAUGUAACUGAGUUGAUUAAAGUGCCAUGUGUUCUGCAUAUGGAUCCUAUCAGAGGUAGUCAUACUGGUUUGAAAGGUCUUAUGCAAAGCUAUCUGAAAGAAGAGUGGAAAGGGAGGCAGCAGGAGGCAUCUAAAGAUAUAUCAUCAAGAUUCGAUAAUCUACGCUUUAUUUCACUUGAGUUACCACAGCAGCCGAAUUCAUUCGACUGUGGUUUAUUCUUGCUCCAUUAUGUAGAACUUUUCUUGGAGCAAGCCCCGAUUAAUUUUAAUCCAUUUAAAAUCACAAAAAGUGUCCACUUUCUGAAGCCUUUUACAAAGUAUUUUCCCAACUUUGACCAGCCUUUUGAAGAAGUUAUAUAUCCAAAAGAGGAUGUUGAUGCUGUUUCCAUUAGUAAGAGAGACGUUGAUUUGCUGCUACCAGACACAUUUGUCAAUGACACCAUCAUUGACUUUUAUGUCAAAUACUUGAAGAACAAAAUCAGCAAAAUGAAGCCACUUGAUUUAAAUCUUGCAGCAUUAUCAGCAAAAUGCAAUAAAGACUUGGAGUUGAAUUUGGCUAAGUCAUUAUUGAGUGAGAUGGGCCAAUGUACAACUGCUUAUCCAUAUAAUCAACUGUUUGGAGCAUUAGUCUUAAAGAAUUAUGAAAGGAAAGAUGCAACGUUGGAAUUUGAUGUACAUAGUAGAUUAGAUGCAAAUUUAUAUAUUGUAAGAAAUAGAAUUGUAUGA